AUGUCUCCACACGCCGAGCUCCCUCGAAACUUGGGCUGGUUGAGGGACACCGUCGUUGAGAUCCUCAUUGAUCAGGAGGGUUUUCGCUCUAUCACUCCUACCUUCCGUUUCGCAGGGUACUCAACUAACACACGCUCACUGGAUUCAAGCAAGAAAGUGAUCGAAGGAGGAGCUGCUCAGUUUGUACCUAUCUCCAGGCAGACUUUCAACUUUCAUUAUGCACCUUUUGAUGGCCAACCAAUUUUGAGACGUAUUUCUAUUAAUGGAUCGUCUCGCGACCACGUAUCCCGCCAAGCCACGAUGUGUUUGAAGUCAAAUGGUGUGUAUAUCGUGCGUGGUAGCGAGACUUCAAUUAUCCCUGCCAAGGAAGUUAGUGGAGAUUCCAGCACUGAAGCUCCCAAACUCCGAUGGAAACUCGAUUACUUUGUCGAUGACAGGAGAGGUUCCGGUAGACGUGAGGGUGAGAAAACAUUCACCCCGUUGACAUUCUCUUGCUCUCCUUUGCUGCUUCAUCCCCUCCAAGGCAAAAAAAUACGCUUGAUGCACGUCAUGAAGAAGAAUGUUGUAACGAAGCUAGUCGCAGAAAAAAUGGAGCUUCCCAAUGCUACCUCUUGCCGUUCAUCGUCGCCUUUGCUCUGUGAAGCGGCUCCAUCUUCUCCUCCCCCGCUUACCCGCACGGACCCGUCAAAGGCACAUCUAUGGAACCUGCAUCGGCGGUUUCAGUCGCACGGACAUCCGAGAACGCUCGAACGCUCAGAAUCAUCUGGCGCCAAAGCAUCCAGUCCUCUGGGUUCUAAUCGGAUGAACGGAACCUACAACCGUGCACAACAACCAGUGUCACAGCGACAUCGUCGAGCGUCCUCUGCUGGCGAGAUAUGUGUGACAGAUUUGAACCAAGGGUACCAAAAUAUAGACGAGAAGAAGGGAAUAAAGGCUCGUAAUGGUGAUCCGGUGUUUGUGUUGAGUUCGAACAGACUUGAAUCUCCAGCUAUUCCGUACGACAGACAUAUACUACCUCCUUCCAAGCUAUCCGAGCUAUUGGAGAACAUUGAAAAUGUGAAGCCUAUGCUACAGAAGGUCGAAGUAUUCACCAGUCUUUCCCCUGCUCCUCGCAAUCCCAAGGUGUCUGCUCUAAAGUGA